AUGCCAUUCGAAGGAUACCCGAACUAUUUUCUUAAACUAAUUCUAGAAGUCGAAGAGGGAGAAGGGGAAGAAAAAAGAACAGCCCGAACCAAUGCUAGCGGAAAAGAUUAUUAUCAAAUUUUAGGAUUAAAUGCGGAGAAUUUAUUGAAUAGAGAAGUAAAAUCAGAAGCGAUAACCGAGACGAUAGAAGAAGAUAGAGAAAUUACCCGCAAUGAUUUAGGAUAUGAAUUGGAUGAAAGAAAUAUUAAUGAAUACUUUAACCAGUUGAGAGGUGAGGGAAAAAAUGUAAGAAAAGUUGGUUCUAACAAAAUAAUUGAAACACGUCGGCGAGAAGAAACUAGACUUGAAAAGAAUGAAGUCUAUACCCAAAUUUCAGCGGCUCACAAACAAAAAGCAAGACGAAAUCAUACCGAUAGGGGAGGGAAUUUAGAAACUAUUCAAUUAGUUAAUGAAGCCUUUAACAUUCUCAGAAAUCCAGAAACUAAACGACAGUAUGAUAGAUUUUAUAGAAUUAUUACCGGCGACAAUGCUGACCUAGCAUUUAAAAAAAUGGUUAAGGACAAAUUGCUUCAAUUGUCUCGGCGAACUGAGGAAGCGGAAGGCAUUCAAAAUCCCGAUUCAACUGGCACUGGAAAAGUUGGAGGGGAAGAUAUUUCAAGUUAUAAAAACACUUAUUUCCCUAGUAAUAAUUAUAUCGAAGACGUUAUAAACCAAUCCCGAACCAAAGCCGGACUUAGUCACGAUGAAAUAACGGGUAAACCUCGGGCAAGUAUUAAUACACAAAGAAGAAAUAUUCAACUCCGGGAAUUAGGAACAUACCGCAAUUUUAAUAAUUUUUCCAUGGGUAUUUGGCAGCAUAAAAAUAAUGAAGCCGUAGUGCACGCCCAAGAGGAAAAUUUGGAGACGUUGCGAGAAAUGCAAGGAUGGGACACCUUUUCCGGACCCGAAGAACUACAAGGAACCGAAAAAUUUCAUUUUAUCACCGGAUUUACUUCGGUUAAUUUUCCUAGUGCUGAACCAGGAAUAAUUAAUCUCCGAUUUGAUAAUCCCGACCAUUUCGCCUAUCGGCAAGUCAUUAACCGAGCGAAAGUUUUCCGAGAUAUUAAAGAAAAAAUAACCCAGAAGUCAACUGAAUUUAGUAAUUUACGGGACCGCGAAGGAGGCGGCGUCAACCAAGUUUUUUUUAACGAGCGAAGAAGAAAACUAGAAAAUUUGGCAAAAUUAGAGGUAGUAGACAGCCUAGGAAGAACAGUGUCACAAGACUAUUCCUUUACUUUUACUAGAAUGAAAUUUACUAGUGCUGAUAGCGAAUUAUUAACCACAGAAAUUAACCGAAUAUUUAAUGAAUUUAGGGCAGAAAUUAAUCGGGUAGGAGCAAGACCUCUCGGAAAUACAGGUUCUGGUGGAAAUGGAGGAAGUGGUGAACCGCGAGAAGAGGCAAUUCAAGAAAUAGUAAAGGCUUUCCGGGAUACUAGACUUAUUAAUUAUGGGAAAAAUGCAGCGGAAUAUUUGGAGGAAGAAAAUAGAAUAUUGCCAGGAAGUAUUUACCGGCUUGCGGCUCGGCGGAAAAUUAAAGAAGAAUUAGCCCUUAAUCAAAUUUCAGAAACUCAAAUUUUACCGCCGGGAGUAGAUUUAAAAAGGCAUUUUAAAAACCUUAGAAAAAAUAACGAUAAGGCUGAAAUCAAUGCCGAAAGGAACUAUUUACUUUCUCUAAUUGAUGCUUAUAGUAAUGGCAAUAAGGUGAAAAUAGACUGUGCCAUUGCCGCUGUAAAGAAUGCUUUGCGAGAUAACCAUAAUGAAAAUAAUAUCAACCAAAUUAGAGAUACGUUUAUCCACAAAAUCAAAGAUUUUGUGGAUCGGGAUAAUGCCGGAAUUAUGGCCGCCAUUCGAGAAAUUGAAAACCUUUUGACUGUUAAUGAUAAAACGGAAACACUUUCUACCUCUAAAAUCAGUUCUACUAAUCGCCUUAAAACUAAACUUAAAGAAGGUCAUAAAAAAUUAGCAGUUAAGGAAGAAGAAUUACCCGCCUCUCUCCUGGCUCCAUAUAAAAGCGUGGAGGAAAAAAUAAAUAGUUUGGAAAAAUUAGAAGACAUUACCGCUUUCGAAAUUAAAUUAAAGGAAGCAAUUACCCAAAAGAAGCAAGAAAAAUUAACCGUAAUUGUUAAUGAGGCUAUUACAGAAAUAAAAAAAGAGAUAGGGCGAAGCCAAAUUGAAUUGGGCGAAAAUAAAGACUACGAAACGAGGUUGAAAAAUAUGAACGACCCCGACACUAUUGAAUUAGUUAAACAAAACCUUAUAAAACUGAUUAGAGAACAAAAAAAUAGCGAAAGGAAUGAAGAAUUUUCUCAAAAUUUUGAACCGGAUAAGUCUAAUUGGUUUUGUGGCUCUAAGGAUUUGAAAAAAGAGACAAAGACUAAGAAAGCAUUAAUAGUUUUUGCUCCUCGCGGCACCCAAGAUAUUUAUCCGCCUCGUUCGCUAAUUUAUCAGAAAGUUCAAAAAAUAAUUACUGAAAUACUCCAAAAAAAUAAUUACCAACCGAUAAUUUUUCCUACCUUCGAAGCCCAAGAUUUAUUCGCUAGUUCUCUGGGUUCUACUACUGACAUUAUUCAUAAGGAAAUGUAUACUUUUGAGGAUAGGAAAGGACGUGAAUUGGCAUUAAGACCGGAGGGGACUGCUAGCACAGUGCGUUUAGUUUGUCAAAAUAAAUUAGUUAAAGAAAAUUAUCCUUUGAAGUUAUAUUAUUGGGCCAAUAUGUUCCGUUAUGAACGACCCCAAAAAGGGCGAUACCGCGAAUUUUGGCAACUGGGAGUAGAGUUAAUUAAUGCCGAAGGAGUUAUCAGUGAUUAUCAAAUAUUAAAAUUAGUUUUUGAUAUUUUAGGUGGUUUGGGAAUUAAAAAUUUUAUUUUUAACUUAAAUUAUUUGGGAGAUAGUGAGACCAAACAAAAAUAUAAAAAUGAACUAAAAAAUUUUAUUGAGAAAAAUAGCCUUGAUUUGUGUAGUGAUUGUCAAAAAAGAUAUCAAACUAACCCUUUAAGAAUAAUUGAUUGUUCAUCAUGUUUAGAUUAUUAUACCGGUUUAGUCUUUGAAGUUAAUUUAGAAAAAGAAAAGGCUUUAUUAGGUGGAGGUCGCUAUAAUGAACUUUAUCAAGAAAUAGGGAAUAUUAAUUUGCCCGCUAUUGGAUUUGCAAUAGGGAUUGAAAGAUUGAUAAAUUAUUUAGAGAAUAAAUUAGAAAAGUAUUGGUGGAAAGUAGAAUACAAUCCCGAAGUUAAAAAAAUUAAAUCUCUUCCCAAAAUUAUCGAGUAUUAUCAGCCGAAAAUUUUAAUGGUGGUGGGAGAACAAGAACUAAAAAAUAAAAAAAUUAUCCUCAAAGAUUGUCAGAAACGGCAAGAUUUUUUGGUCGAAAAAGAAAAGGCAACGGAAUGA